UGGGAAUCUCCCAUUCUUCUCCCACCCACCACCGCCACCACCAUCCAUCCUCAUGACCCUCGUCUUCUUCAACACACUAUUCUUGGGCACACUAUCCUCACACAGACACAGACAGACACCUCAGCCCUUUUCUCUUCAGUCCACCACCUUAACUCACAGUCUGAGCGGCUGCAGACCUGCCCCUGGCGCCACCGGCUUCUUCCUUGUAUCCGCCAUCCGAUUCCCUGGACUACGGCUGGCUUUCCCUUACCUCACCUUAUUCUCCCGUUGCUCGGCUGGAUUGCUCGCUGCAGGAAUGCCUACGGCUGCUCUCGUCAAUGGAACGAGAGAGUGCGAGGACAAGGAUGAGGACGAGGUGCCUUGCCGCAUGGUGGAAACACAUGUCACCUAGUUCAUGACCGAGGAUCGCUCCGUCAAAGACGAUUGCCCUUCAGAGAGUAGGCGUUCGAAUCCUCAUGUUUCGAU